AACAGGUCCCUCUGCAGCCAUGUCAGCCAAGGCGAUUUCCGAGCAGACGGGCAAAGAGCUCCUUUACAAGUACAUCUGUACCACCUCGGCCAUCCAGAACCGGUUCAAAUAUGCUCGGAUCACCCCUGACACAGACUGGGCUCGCCUGCUGCAGGACCACCCUUGGCUGCUCAGCCAGAGCCUGGUGGUCAAGCCAGACCAGCUGAUCAAACGGCGUGGAAAGCUGGGCCUAGUCGGGGUCAACCUGAGCUUGGAUGGAGUCAAGUCCUGGCUGAAGCCACGAUUGGGACAAGAGACCAUGGUCGGCAAGGCCAAAGGUUACCUCAAGAACUUUCUGAUUGAGCCCUUCGUCCCCCAUAGUCAGGCGGAGGAAUUCUACGUCUGCAUCUAUGCCACCCGAGAUGGGGAUUAUGUCCUGUUCCACCAUGAGGGAGGUGUGGAUGUGGGUGACGUGGACGCCAAAGCCCAGAAAUUGCUGGUCGGCGUGGACGAGAAGCUGACUCCUGAGGACAUUAAGAAGCACCUGUUGGUGCACGCCCCCGAGAACAAGAAAGAAAUUCUGGCCAGCUUUAUCUCCGGCCUCUUCAACUUCUACGAGGACCUGUACUUCACCUACCUCGAGAUCAACCCCCUUGUUGUGACCAAAGACGGUGUCUACAUUCUUGACUUGGCUGCCAAGGUGGACGCCACAGCCGACUACAUCUGCAAAGUGAAGUGGGGUGACAUCGAGUUCCCUCCCCCCUUUGGACGGGAGGCUUAUCCGGAGGAAGCCUACAUUGCAGAUCUGGAUGCCAAAAGUGGGGCGAGCCUGAAGCUGACCUUGCUGAACCCCAAGGGGAGGAUCUGGACCAUGGUGGCUGGGGGUGGUGCCUCUGUCGUGUACAGUGACACCAUCUGCGAUCUGGGGGGUGUCAACGAGCUGGCAAACUACGGGGAGUACUCGGGUGCCCCCAGCGAGCAGCAGACCUAUGACUAUGCCAAGACGAUCCUAUCCCUCAUGACCCGUGAGAAGCACCCAGACGGUAAGAUCCUCAUCAUCGGAGGCAGCAUCGCAAACUUCACCAAUGUGGCUGCCACAUUCAAGGGCAUCGUGAGAGCAAUCCGGGAUUACCAGGGCCCUCUUAAGGAUCAUGAGGUCACUAUUUUUGUCCGAAGAGGUGGUCCCAACUACCAGGAGGGCUUACGGGUGAUGGGAGAAGUUGGGAAGACCACUGGGAUCCCCAUUCAUGUUUUUGGUACUGAGACUCACAUGACAGCCAUUGUGGGCAUGGCCCUGGGCCACCGGCCCAUCCCCAAUCAGCCACCCACAGCGGCCCACACGGCAAACUUCCUCCUCAAUGCCAGCGGAAGCACGUCGACCCCGGCCCCCAGCAGGACGGCAUCUUUUUCUGAGUCCAGGGCUGAUGAGGUGGCCCCUGCAAAGAAGGCCAAGCCUGCCAUGCCACAAGAUUCAGUCCCAAGUCCAAGAUCCCUGCAAGGAAAGAACGCCACUCUCUUCAGCCGCCACACCAAGGCUAUCGUGUGGGGUAUGCAGACCCGGGCAGUGCAGGGCAUGCUGGACUUCGACUAUGUGUGCUCCCGAGACGAACCUUCAGUGGCCGCCAUGGUCUACCCAUUCACUGGGGACCACAAGCAGAAGUUUUACUGGGGUCACAAGGAGAUCCUGAUCCCUGUCUUCAAGAACAUGGCAGAUGCUAUGAGGAAACACCCAGAAGUAGAUGUGCUGAUCAACUUUGCCUCCCUUCGCUCAGCUUAUGACAGUACCAUGGAGACCAUGAACUAUGCUCAGAUCCGGACCAUUGCCAUCAUAGCUGAAGGCAUCCCAGAGGCCCUUACGAGGAAGCUAAUCAAGAAGGCGGAUCAGAAGGGAGUGACCAUCAUUGGACCGGCCACUGUUGGAGGCAUCAAGCCUGGAUGCUUUAAGAUUGGGAAUACAGGUGGGAUGCUGGACAACAUCCUGGCCUCCAAGCUGUACCGCCCUGGCAGCGUGGCUUAUGUCUCGCGUUCUGGAGGCAUGUCCAACGAACUAAAUAACAUCAUCUCCCGGACUACGGAUGGCGUCUACGAGGGCGUGGCCAUUGGCGGGGACAGGUAUCCCGGCUCAACAUUCAUGGAUCACGUGUUACGUUACCAGGACACUCCUGGAGUCAAAAUGAUUGUGGUCCUUGGAGAGAUAGGAGGCACUGAGGAAUAUAAGAUAUGUCGGGGCAUCAAGGAGGGUCGUCUCACCAAGCCCGUGGUGUGCUGGUGCAUUGGGACAUGUGCCACCAUGUUCUCCUCUGAGGUCCAGUUUGGCCACGCUGGAGCUUGUGCCAAUCAAGCUUCUGAAACAGCAGUAGCCAAGAACCAGGCUUUGAAGGAGGCUGGAGUGUUUGUGCCCCGGAGCUUUGAUGAGCUUGGAGAAAUCAUCCAGUCUGUGUAUGAGGAUCUUGUGGUUAAAGGAGUCAUUGUACCUUCUCAGGAAGUGCCACCCCCCACAGUGCCGAUGGACUACUCCUGGGCCAGGGAGCUGGGUUUGAUCCGCAAACCUGCCUCAUUCAUGACCAGCAUCUGUGACGAAAGAGGGCAGGAGCUCAUCUAUGCAGGCAUGCCCAUCACCGAGGUCUUCAAGGAAGAGAUGGGCAUUGGCGGGGUCCUUGGCCUCCUCUGGUUCCAGAGAAGGUUACCCAAGUACUCCUGCCAGUUCAUUGAGAUGUGUUUGAUGGUGACAGCUGACCACGGGCCAGCCGUCUCAGGGGCUCACAACACCAUCAUCUGUGCACGGGCUGGGAAGGACCUGGUCUCCAGUCUUACCUCAGGACUGCUCACCAUCGGGGACCGGUUUGGAGGUGCCUUGGACGCAGCAGCCAAGAUGUUCAGUAAAGCCUUUGACAGUGGUAUUAUCCCCAUGGAGUUUGUGAACAAGAUGAAGAAAGAAGGAAAACUGAUUAUGGGCAUCGGUCACCGAGUGAAAUCGAUAAACAACCCGGACAUGCGAGUGCAAAUCCUCAAAGAUUAUGUGAAACAGCACUUCCCUGCCACCCCUCUGCUUGAUUAUGCACUUGAAGUGGAGAAGAUUACCACCUCAAAGAAGCCAAAUCUUAUCCUGAACGUCGAUGGUUUUAUUGGAGUUGCAUUUGUCGACAUGCUCAGAAACUGUGGGUCCUUCACUAGGGAGGAAGCAGAUGAAUAUAUUGACAUUGGAGCCCUCAAUGGCAUCUUUGUGCUGGGAAGGAGUAUGGGCUUCAUUGGACACUAUCUUGAUCAGAAGAGGCUGAAGCAGGGGCUGUAUCGUCAUCCGUGGGAUGAUAUUUCAUAUGUUCUUCCGGAACACAUGAGCAUGUAAUUGAGCCAAGAACCCUACUGCAGUAAAGUGAAAUCAAGAACUCCUUCCCUGGGAAGUAGCGUGCAGAUAGCUGGCACUGG